CGAAAAAAAGGUUCUGAGGAGGAAGAGAUCGUCAAUUAUCAAAAAUUUAAACUGGGAUAGUUCACUCUCAAAAAUCAUCAAAUCCAGUAAUCUAAUCAGCAACAGUCAACUAGAUCAAAUUCAGGUAAUCCGGAAUAGAGAUAAUCCUUAAGAGUGAUCUUCUAGUACGCUUUCUCUAUUCUUCUUCUUCUUCUUCUGCUUCUUUAUGACUACGGGAUAAUUUGUACAAGUCUUUUUUCUUUGUAACGCUUCUCUUGUUAUUGGAUUUACGCGUUAAUUACUUAAUACUUUCUUGUCCUCCAUCUCUCUCUUCUACUCUCAUCAUCCCUUCUAUCUUCUCCCCUCUUACUUUUCCCACUAUUUUAUGCAAAUAAGCGUACUGUACGUAAAAGCAACAGUUUGGUUGAAUGAACUUGAUCUUUUCUUAAUCAACCGAUAGAUGGUAGCACCUACUGUCUGCUGAUUUAUAAUUUUCUCUAAAUGCCAAUUUAACUGAUGUAUUUAACAGAAUGAAUCUACGCCUACAACAAAGAUAAUUAAAUUGCUCGAGUUAUUACAGCAAUCCAACAAGGUCGAAGUGUUUGAAAAUUUUUGUCUUUUAAUUCGUUCAAUUUCACCAACGCUUAGCGACGAAUUGAUGAUAGAAGUUGAAUUUGAGAAAGGCUGCCUGUCCGUUGAGACUUACAUAAAGGAAGAAGCUUACGAAUUGGUUCAGAAUGAACUAGGAAAAAGUAAAAGAUUAACCGAUUCGAAAGAGAAUAUUCUCGAAGAAAUGAAGGAUCUCCUCUGUUUACGAAUGCAAGUAGCCAAAAGCGUAUGGCAAAGGCAAUUAGAAGAAUAUAAACAGCGAUUGAAAGAAAAGAUUCAAUCAAACGAUAAAAUCGAAUCCAAGGUCAAGCAAUUAACAGAUCAGAUAAGAGAUUAUGUAAAAAUAAAUAGAGGUCAGAUAGCCGAAAUGGAUGGAGCUUUUAGCGAAAAUUUGCGCCAUCUCUUGAAUUUUAUGAAAACUGUUAUCAGAGAAAAAGCCAGAUUAGUAAAGGAGAAAACAGAGAUUUUAAACCUUAUUGGAGAAAAGGAGAAAUCAAUUGGUACAAAAAAACUUGAUACUGCUAUUAAAGAACAUCUUCAAACUACGAAUUCUGACUUGAUAGCUAUAUUGGAGCACGUAAAGGAUAAAGAUGAAAAAUUAUAUCAGCUGGAGAAUCUCUUGAUCCGAACCCACGAUGAUAAAAAAUCAAAACUUGUAAACGAUACCGCAACUAUCGAUCGGAUAAAUGCUCAAUUAGAGAUUGAAGAAGAGAAGAGGAUAAAGCUGGAAAACGAAUCAAUUAAACUGGAAGAGGAAGUAGACGAAUUCGAAUGUAAAUUAGGAGAGUUGACUAAAAAAUCUCAAUUAAUAGAAAGAACGAGAAGGAUAGGUUACAUACCAAAGGUCGAUAAAGCUAAAUUAUCGGAAAUAAGCGAAGAGAAGCAUCUUUCAAGAAGUUCAACGUAUAGCGGCUAUUCUUCAUCAACUAAUUCAAUAUCGUCGUCCAACUGUUCAAGACGUCACCGAUUGAAGAUAAGAAAGAGUAAAGAAUUUGGCGAAAUGCUCUUCGAAGAUUAACGGAAGAAGCUUCUCUUAUUUUUUGGUUUUUCGUUCAGUUUUGUCUUG